AGCAGUAAGCUGUAACUCCCUUUUCUGGAAAUCGUGGGUGAGAAGCACACAUAAGAAAAUAAAACACAUACAAAAUACUGACAAGCAAUGGUUAUUCUCCAAAAGGGGGAACAUGUGUGGCUCGAAAUUACUUCUGAGAGCAAAGUGCCCAUCGGUGCAGUGGUUAAAGAUUCUCACAAUGGAGAGACAUUGCUUGAAGAUGAUGACGGCAAGGAACACUGGAUCUCUGCCCGAAACAUUACCAGUAUCCAUUCCAUGCACCCGAGCUCAACCCAAGGAAUGGAUGAUAUGAUCAGACUGGGUGAGCUUAAUGAAGCUGGCAUUGUCCAUAAUCUGCAUAUCCGAUACAAAGAGAAAAGCAUUUAUACCUACACUGGAGCCAUCUUAGUAGCUGUAAAUCCAUAUGAGGAGCUCCCACUCUAUAACACUGAACACAUCCAAAUGUACAGGAAUCGGCGUAUUGGGGAGCUUCCACCACACAUCUUUGCUUUGGCAGAUACCUGCUUCUUCAACAUGCAGAGAAAUAACAAUGACCAGUGUUGUGUCAUCAGUGGAGAGUCUGGAGCAGGGAAGACUGAGAGCACAAAGUUAAUGCUGCAGUUCUUGGCAUCAUCAACUGGUCAGCAUUCCUGGAUUGAGCAGCAAAUUAUAGAGGCCAAUCCUAUCAUGGAAGCCUUUGGAAAUGCAAAAACCAUCAGAAAUGACAACUCUAGUCGUUUUGGCAAAUACAUUGAAAUUCACUUCUCCAAGAACAAUGUGAUUGAGGGUGCUCGUAUUGACCAAUUUCUCCUGGAAAAGUCACGUGUAUGCAGACAGGCUGCAGGAGAGAGAAACUACCACAUAUUUUACUGCAUGUUACUCGGAAUGAGUUCAGAACAAAAGAAGCAGCUAAACCUUGGCAGCUGUUCAGACUACAAGCAUCUGACUGUGGGCAACUGCAUAGAUUGUGAGGGGCGCAGUGAUAUCAGGGACUAUGCUGAAGUCCGCUCUGCAAUGAAGAUUCUUCUUUUCUCUGAACAAGAUCAGUCUGACAUAAACAUACUGCUGGCGUCUAUUCUUCACUUGGGCAAUGUGGAGUUCCAAAGUGCAAUGUAUGGCAAUAGUGAUGGCUGUGAUGUUCGUGAGUCUCAGUCCAGCCACUUGUCCGCAGUAUCGUCUAUGCUUCAGGUCAAUGCAAUGGAACUAAGAAAUUGCCUUAUCAAACACACCCUAAUAGUACGAGGAGAGAGUGUUUCCAUGCCUCUGAGUUGCUCACAGGCAUCUGAUGGCAGAGAUGCCUUUACAAAGGGCAUUUAUGGCCGAAUGUUCAUGUGGAUAGUGAACAAAAUCAAUGAGGCUAUUUUCACACCAGCACCCAAAGAAGUGGCAAAUGAGCGCAGGCAUAUUGCAUUAUUAGACAUCUUUGGUUUUGAACAUUUUAAUACAAACAGCUUUGAGCAGCUGUGCAUUAAUUUUGCCAAUGAGCACCUUCAGCAGUUUUUUGUGCGUCAUAUAUUCAAGCUGGAGCAAGAUGAAUAUGCUGCAGAGCAGAUACAAUGGCAAAUUGUGGAUUUCUCUGACAACCAACGUACAUUGGAUAUAAUUGCUCUAAAGCCCAUGAACAUCAUCUCACUUAUUGAUGAAGAAAGCAAAUUUCCCAAGGGAUCAGAUGCCACCAUGCUGACGAAACUUAACAAAAUUCACAGUAAAAGUAACAUAUACAUUGCAUCUAAAAGUGUGCAUGACACAAAGUUUGGAAUAACCCAUUUUGCAGGACUGGUACAAUAUGAAACAGAAGGAUUUCUGGACAAGAACCGUGACUUGCUGAGUACAGAUUUUAUCCUUAUGGUCCACUCUUCUACCAAUAAAUUCUUGAAGCAGGUCUUCCAGUUAGAUAAAAACGUCAAUAAUUCCUCCAUUCGUGGAAUCAUCCGGAAUUCGGGCCUCAAUGGCCAGAAGAUCUCAGACACAAACAAGUCAUUACCCACUCUUGGAGGACAGUUCAAACAGUCACUGGAGCAGCUGAUGAAAAUUCUGGGAAAUUGCCAGCCUUACUUUGUCCGUUGCAUCAAGCCCAAUAAUUUGAAGAAGCCAUUGCUCUUUGAUCGUGAGCUUAUUAUUCGGCAACUGAGAUACUCUGGAAUGAUGGAGACCAUACGAAUCCGAAAAGCAGGGUAUCCGAUCCGUUACAGCUUCUCCGAUUUCUUUCACAGAUUUCGAGUGUUGAUGCCAUUAGGUUCUCAGAAUCGCAAGAAGUUGGAUCACCAGGCUUGCAGUGUUGAUAUUUGUGAAGCUGUUAUUGGAAAACAUGAAGAAUGGAAAGUAGGAAAAACAAAACUUUUCCUUAAGGAUUUCCAUGACACUAGACUGGAGGUGGAGCGUGAAAAAGCACUCAAUAACAAAGCUAUCAUUAUCCAGAAGGUUUUGAGAGGUUAUAAAGACAGAAAAAGGUUUCUUAGACAGAGAAAGGCUGCAGUGAAGAUUCAGGCAAUGUGGAGGGGAUUUCAUUGCAGGAAAACAUAUCUGAAGAUGCGACAUGGUUUCCAGAGGCUGCAAGCACUGGUGAGAAGUAGACAGCUUCGUCUGCAGUAUCGAAAAUCUCAGUUCAUCAUUACAAAACUACAGGCAAGAUGUAGAGGUUAUCUCCUACGACAGAAGCGUGCUCGGGAAAAGAAGGCAGCAUUGGUUAUCCAGACUUACACUAGGGGUAUGCUGGCUCGUAUGAAUUACCAGAAGCAAAAGAACAAUGAGAUCAUAAACCUGCAAGAACUGAAUAUGCAAGAACAAAAGAGGAUGAAGCAGAGGGAAAUGUUUCAAUCCCAAGAGGAAGAAAACCUGGCCAUGGUGGAGCAAGUCUUUGGCUUUUUGCCUGAGGAUGACAUGGAUUCCCCAAAGUUUUUAGUAGAGACAGACCUAGAUUCACUGCCUCUUAAAAUGGGGAGAGGCAUCGACCACCUGGCAGAUUUCACUUUUCCCAAAUUUGGUGCAACCUACUUUCAGGGCUCAGCAACAGACAGCCAUAUUCGAAAGGCGUUACACCAGCCACUUCUAUAUCAUGACGACCAAGGCGAUGUUCUGGCCUCAUUAGCUGUUUGGAAAAUUAUAUUACGUUUUAUGGGGGACCUUCCUGAACCAAUGUUAUAUGCUGCCAGAUCUGCAAGCCGGGGCAGCUCUGUGUUAACACAGAUAUAUGACACCUUAACCAAGAAAGACAAAAUUCAAGCUGGAAUCAAGGAUAAUAUACAAAGUUCAAUAAGAAGCAACUCAAGAGGAAAAUAUUCCAGAGAAAUUUCCUCAAUGAAGCUGAAACGAUCUUCAAAAUUAGCUGUGCAGGUUUCAAAUCAGCUGAGCAGCGGACAAGAUAUACCAGAUGAUGACAGCUCUCUGAUAGAUAAACCAAUGUCUAUGUUGGAGAAACUACAUUUCAUUGCUGGCAAUGGAAUCCUGCGUCCUGAAAUUCGAGAUGAGAUUUACUGCCAAAUCUGCAAACAGCUCUCUGGAAACAACAAUAAGUCUAGUUAUGCGCGUGGCUGGAUCCUGCUGUCUCUUUGUUUGGCCUGCUUUCCACCUACAGAAAAGUUCAUCAAGUACUUGCAGAACUUUAUCCGUGGAAAGCAGAUAGCACACAGUGCUGUGUGCAUGAAACAGUUGACUCGAGUUAUGGCUAAUGGAGCCCGUUCAGAACCACCCAGCUGGCUAGAGCUACAGCAAAUGAAGGGAGCAGCAUCUCUAGAAAUACCUAUCAAAAUCAUGAAUGGAGAAACUGUAGUCAUCCAAUCAGAUUCUGCGACCAAUGCCAAGGAGGUCUGCAGGAGCAUUUCCCAGGAGCUAAAGCUGACGGAUACUUUUGGAUUCUCCAUUUACAUAUCAAUUUAUGAUAAGGUUUGGUCACUGGGGAGUGGGUCAGAGCACAUCAUGGAUGGUAUAUCUCAGUGUGAGCAGCUAGCCAGAGACCAGGGCGACCAAGAGAAACAUGCACCUUGGCGCCUGUUUUUCCGUAAGGAGAUUUUCACACCAUGGCAUAACUCUUCAGAGGAUCCCAAGAGUACCGAGCUAAUCUAUAACCAGGUUAUACGUGGCCUGUGUUUUGGAGAAUAUCACUGUGAGAAGGAAGAAGACAUGGCAGAGCUGUUGUCUAAACACUACUAUCUUACAUAUGGGGUAAUCUUGAAGGAUGAAAUGAUAAAAAAUGCUGUGAAAGACUGCGUACCAUCAAAGCAACUGGCUAAUAAAGGCACUCACUGGGCAAAUUUGUUAAAAGAAACACAUGCUAAGGCUCAGUUUGUGACAAAUAAGACUCCAGUACCAAAAGUAAUGGAAACGGUAGUGGAUUACUCAUGGCUCCAGUGGCCUCUGUUGUUUUCAAAGUUCUUUGAAGCAUCCAAGUUUUCAGGCCCUAGUAUCAACAGGAACCAUUUCAUUGUUGCAAUACACUGGAAGGGGGUCAGUUUUCUAGAUGAAACUGAGAAGAAGCUGCUGGAUCUUUCUUUUCCUGAGUUAAUUGGCGUCCAUACUAAAAGGGCUGCAAAGGAGUUUGGUCAGUGCUGUGUUUUAAAUACAGUUCGUGGAGAACAAUUUGUCCUAACAUCACAGAACAGUGAAGACAUCUCUAAGCUGCUUCUUUACUUUGUGGAUGGCCUGAAGAGCAGAUCUGUAUAUGCAGUGGCCCUGCAGGACAGCUUCCAAACAGCAACUGAGAAAAACAACAAAACAGAUGAACCUGAGCUUUUGAGUUUUCGGAGUGGAGAUCUGCUGCUGCUUAACAAGAGUCCAGAAUUCCAAUCAGGGUUCAACUGGACCUAUGCCAAGAAUGAGAGAACUGGCAAUAGUGGGGCUGUGCCUUUGGAUGCUAUCCAUAUUGUACCAAGCCUUAGCAAACCCACCCCUGAAAUAAUACGACUGAUUGCAAUGUCUCCUGAACAGCGUAAGUCAGAAUUUGUUAAUACUCAGGUUGACGACUUUGGCGAGGCAGAAGAGGUAAAGCCAUACACGCUGGAGGAAUUUGCUAUGCAGUAUUUCAGGCCUCCCGAGCCAGAGUCUGUUUCCAGGGCUUUCCUCCAGAGAUCGCGAGGCAAGACUCAACUCUGGGCUUACUCCAGGGAGCCCCUCAGACAGCCUCUGCUCAAGAGGGUGUGUGAUAUACCUGAUCUACAGGAUUAUGCGUGCCAAGCCUUUACUGAUAUCAUGAAAUACAUGGGUGACUAUCCAUCAAAGCAGUCUCGCUCCCUAGUUGAACUCACAGAUCAGAUCUUCUCAGGACCCAUAAAUGAGGAAGCUCUAAGAGAUGAAAUCUAUUGCCAGAUAUUAAAGCAAAUGACAGGAAACAACAACAGCUAUAGCAUGACCAGCGGAUGGCAAUUGCUUUGGCUCUGUACGGGGCUGUUUCCACCCAGCAAAGUUCUGUCGAAUCAUGUUCAAAAAUUCACUGAGAAUCGUCGAAAAGAGCCAUUAGCCAAGGACUGCAGACAAAGAAUGCAAAGAGUGCUACAAACUGGUCCCAGGAAACACCCCCCUCACUUGGUGGAGGUUGAAGGCAUACAACAGAUGAGCACCAAGAUCUUCCACAAAGUGCACCUGCCAAAUGACACAGAAGAAACAUUUGAAGUUAAGACUAACACAAGGGUGAGAGAGGUGUGUCAGAAUAUUUCCAACAAACUGCAGCUGAUCUCCUGGGACGGCUUUAGCAUCUUCUUAAAGUUAGGAGACAAGGUUAUCAGUAUGAAUGAGCAAGAUUACUUCUUUGAUUCCCUGAGGCAGCUGAAUGACUAUAUCCGGAAGAGCCGUCCCACUGCAGGAGCUACAUUUUCCAGUUUCCAGUUGUAUUUUAUGCGGAAGUUGUGGGUUAAUGCCAACCCGGGAAAGGAUAUUAAAGCUGAUUGCAUAUUUCACUAUCACCAGGAGCUUCCGAAAUAUUUGCGUGGAUACCACCGCUGCUCCGUAGAAGAGGCUGGGAAUUUAGCUGGGCUGAUAUAUAAAGUUCAGUACAAUAAUGACCGUACUCAGUUUGCAAAUCUAAAUAAGGUUAUGAGAGAUUUGGUUCCAGAGUACCUGCAGCGCCUCAUUACACCAGAAGAGUGGAAGAAGAACAUCAUAGCUGCCUAUAAUAAACAUGAGAAGAAAACGGUGGAUGAAGCCAAAGUGGCAUUUCUGAAGCAUAUUUGCAGGUGGCCAACAUACGGCUCUGCUUUCUUUGAGGUCAAGCAAUGCUCUGACCCAUCCUACCCUGACAUUUUGCUCAUUGCGAUAAACAGGCUUGGAGUAUCACUCUAUCACCCAAAGACAAAGGAGUUGCUGGUCAAUCACCCUUUAAACAAGAUUUCUCGCUGGAACAGUGGCAACACAUACUUCCAGAUGACAACUGGAAGCCUUGUGCGAGACAACAAGAUCCUGUGUGAGACGUCACUGGGCUAUAAAAUGGAUGACCUGUUGACAUCGUACAUCAACUACUUUCUGUCAAAGCAGCAAAAUGCAAAGGAUCCAUAGUGCAGCUGUUCUGAGACAUCUGAAUAUACUUAAGCUGAGAAAUGAAUAGUACCCAAUCUGUGCCUGAUGCUCAGCUCAAUAUAAAACCUGGCAGUCGGAAUGGUAACUGCAGAAACCAGUCUAUCCUUAAAUCACCAGCUGGCACCAGCAUCUGUCUUAUCUAUACUGAUAAACAUUAGUGCCUAGUGUUUCAUUCAGUUAAAUGAAGAGAGAAAUAUCUAUUUUGUGAAAAGCCAUCUGGGAAACUUUUGUAAUAUCAUUAAUUUUACACUGAUUGCUACAAGACAUAUCUAUUCACUGACAUAUCAUUGUCAAGAUCCGGCAAAGCAGAUGUGCGUUGUCUGGACCUUCUACAGAGCGUCCCUGUGCCACAUUAGUGUCAGAACCGGUACCAGAUUUUAAUGUAAGCAAAUAAUUUACCAGUCCUGUACAUCAAACUGCCAGAUGAUUCAGAAAACCUCUCCUCCCUGUAGCAAAAGGAGCCCUAAAAGUAUUUGUGUCACGUUUCAUAUAAAGCCAGAACCUAACAGCUGUCACCUAAUGGUCUAUGGGACUUAUCUAUCCAAGCUGCAUACUGCUGACAAGUAAACCUGCAGCUGGUAAAGU